GCUCCCCGCUGUGAUUGCUGUGUGCUGCUGUGCGUGCGUGGCCUGCCGGUGCCGUAUGCGUGUGUGGAUGAGGCUGCCUGAGUGAGAGAGGGAGUGAGUGAGCCGUGUGCUGUGGCUUAUCCUUGUCCUAUGCGGAUUUCACCACUGACUGCCUGCCCGAGCGGCUCGCAUCACCCAGGGUAGACCGGGAUUUAGACGCUGACAUUCCCAUUGAAAGGUUCCUAAAAACACUCACUGUUCGGCUCCUCUCUCGCGUUUGCCGGAAAUAGGUGCGGGGGGAUAACUGUGGUUGCCCUGCUUAGCCGAUCCCAGCGGAGGGGUUAUUAUCGGGACGUGAGGAGGACAUAGCAAAGAGGCGAGGAUGCUCAGUGGACAAGGCGGGAGAUGAGCAAUGGGCAAGGGGCAUCCUGUAACUCCUGACAGAGAAGAGGAGCCUUCAUUGCCAUAGAUACCGCUCCUCUCCUCUCCCCCUUUCACCCCUUCUCUUCACCUGUUAAGCAUUUGUUUUUUCACUUUCUAUACCUCCACAUUCUCCAUCACCUGGCGCCAUGACAACCUCAGCCCUGCGCCGGCAGGUGAAGAAUAUUGUGCACAACUAUUCAGAAGCAGAGAUCAAGGUUCGCGAGGCCACCUCAAACGAUCCAUGGGGCCCGUCCUCAUCUCUCAUGUCAGAGAUCGCUGACUUGACCUUCAAUGUGGUGGCGUUUGCUGAGGUCAUGGGCAUGGUGUGGAAACGCCUCAAUGACAGCGGCAAGAACUGGAGACAUGUGUACAAGGCGCUGACUCUGUUGGAUUACCUGCUGAAGACAGGAUCAGAGAGAGUGGCCCAACAGUGCCGUGAGAACGCAUUCACCAUUCAGACGUUACGUGACUUCCAGUACGUGGACCGCGACGGCAGAGACCAGGGGGCUAAUGUGAGAGAAAAAGCACGCCAACUGGUGUGUCUGCUCCGGGACGAGGAGCGGCUCCGCCAGGAGAGGAGUCAAGCCCUAAAGACCAAGGAGCGAAUGGCUGGGGGAGGCAGCGGAGGUGGCGGAGGGGGCGGGGGUGUGUACGGAGGUAUCCCCCCAUCUUACCACCCAGGCAGGCGAACAAGCCAGCCCAGCAUGGCUGUACUAUACGGGGAGGAGUUCAGUCGCUCCAGAGGCUCUCCAUCCUCCUUUAACUCCUCAUCCUCAUCUCCUCGUGCGGCCUCAGACCUGGAGCAGGCUCGACCUCAGACCAGCGGGGAGGAGGAGCUGCAGCUCCAGCUGGCCUUAGCCAUGAGCAGGGAGGAGAGUCAGAAGGAACAGUGUUGUCGCCAAGGAGACGAGUCUCUGUUACAGAAGGCCCUGGAUGAGAGCAGGAGAGAGAGCCAGUCAGGGACACAGGAGGAGUCAGCCAUGCUGGACCUGGUGGACAUAUUUGGCCCCUCAUCUGAGGCCCCACCUCUGCCUACUGACCCUUGGAACUCUGCCCAACCCACCUGUGAUGUCACCUCUGACCCCUGGGACUCUGUAGUCCACUCCAGCACUCCUGUGAUUGGUAGCCCUUGGACGGCUCCUCCCACGUCCUCCAACGUGUCCAAUCCUUGGGCUCCAUGCGCCGACGCACGCACAGACCCCUGGGAAGCAGCGCCGGUCUCCUCCAGUCCUGUCAAUCAUGAGUGGGACAGCCCGACAGACGGAGGUGGUGAUGGGACAGAUCCAUUCUCUGAACAGGAAGAAGAGAAGCCCAAACAAGAGGUUCCUCAAAUGUCCUCCCCUCAACCUGCUAGUCCUACAGACUCAGAGCUGUUUGGGGUAAAGGCAGAUUCUGACCCAUUUGCUGAAGCAGAUUCCAAGCCAGAUCCGUUUGGGACUGACCCUCCGGUGAAACCCCAGGUCAACGGACGAGAGUCGGCUAGCCCAGAGAUGUUUGAUCUGUCCCGGCUAGCACCCCCGCUCAGCACCCCGCCUACACGUGUGUGUCGAACCCCAGAGGCCUUCCUGGGACCUACGGGGGCCUCGCUGGUCAAUUUAGACGCACUGAUACCCUCCAACCCCCCUAGCAAGAUGCAGAACAACCCCUUCCUCUCAGGUCUGAGUGCUCCGUCUCCCACCAACCCCUUCCACUGCGACCAGCCUCGCCUCACCCUCAACCAAAUGCGACCAUCCUCUACAUCCCCACUGCCCCCUCACAUGCUCUCUUACAGCCCGUCGCUGCCCCUCCCCCUGCACCACCAGCCACCCAUCCUCCCCUCCUCUCUCACACAACCUCCUGCCGGACUCCUAGACCUUCCCUCCAACCUCCCACAGCCUCUGCUCCCCCUUUCUCCACGACCAGCACCCCGCACUCAGUCACAGACACACAGCCACAACCCCUUCCUCUGAGACUCCUGCGUCUCUUUCAGGCUCUGGCCUGCAAAGGGAGACGACAGAAUGGACUCUUUUUGGAUGAAUCUAUGCUGACUACAAUGAGACUAGUUUAAAUGAGCCUGAACUGGACUGCGGAUUCCUGGUCUGAUGUCAUUGUGCACACUUGAAGCGGAUCAAUCUUGGACUGGAUAUAUUUGUGUCUGUCUAAAGACACAUCAGCUGCUAAAUAACCUGUACUCUUGAAGAAAAGCGAACUCACGCGUGCGCACACACACACACAUGCACUCAGGCACACAUAAAGGUGCACAGACACAAACAUGCACGCACCACCAAACUAACAGGGUGUAUCUCACCAGUCCCUUUGAUGCCUUUUUCCUCAUCAACAGUGACAACUCCGAGCAACCUUUGACUACAGAGACAGAACUGUUCCUUUAGAAGACUGAGAUGAAGCCACAUACUUUGAUUGUCCACCGAGAUUCACAAGGAUCCUUACCGCUGCUGCUUCACCGACGAAAGCAUGAAUGCAUCCCACCCCUGAGACUCCAAACUAUUGUAUUCUGCUGAGCACCUGAGAUGAAUCCUCUACUUCUGAUGGGUCAAAUAGUAUCUUGAGCUUCAUUGGCAUAGUUGAACCACUGGAGAAGGCCCAUCAGUGUGUUACUGUAAGAUUCAAGACAGCAUUCAGCACUGUUCAAGAACUAAUUGACUCAGGUAUCCCUUCCUACAUAUACAUGAUGAUAUCUAUUUUGCAUUGCCUUGUUACCUUGCCGUAUCAAUAGCAUCUGGUCCUAAGUUAGUUAUGUUAUUUGUACUUUAAGGCAAGCAGCCCCAAAAGGAUCCAGAUGGAUUCAAAACUGGACUAAACCAGCCUAAACUAGACCUUACUGUCUCAAUCUGGACCUAAACUGAUCACUGAUUGUACCCUAUCGGACCCGCGUGCCUGUCUCUACAGCUGACCCACAAUGCAUUCCCGGCUGGUUGAUAUUGGCGCCAUUAAGGAGGACCUCAGGGAGACCGCUGUGUCCCUCCUCCAAUGAGAUUCAACCUUAGUGAAUGGAAAGGUAUUAUAACCACAGGGAGAUCAAUGACUUUAUUUCAGAUGAGAGCAUAAAAAUGAGGGAUGAAGAGAUAAAGGAGGAGGGAGGCAUAAAGGAAAGAUAGGGAAGUAAGGUAAAAUUAUUACAGAUAAUAAACUAAUGUAUUGAGCAGUAGCUCCUCUCCUCUGCUCCUCGUUCACUUUUGUUUUAGGAACAAAAGAAUCUGACAAGGCGAGAUGUUUGGUCAUCACUGCACUGAACCUGGACUUGAAUGUGAAACGCCUGCUGAAAGAUACACGCAGUCUUAGUACAUAUGUAUUUAACAGAAUGAUACCUAUAAAGUAUUAUGAAAUAUUAUACCAAUAAAUGAAUGGUGUUUGCAUUAUAA